AAUUAACCUGCCGGCGUGUAUAUAAGGCUGAAAGUUAUUAGUUGAGAGUCAGUUAACAAUUUGACUUCAAGCUGAGCAAUGAUUAAUCGCCGCCAACGUUUGGAAUUCGCUCUGGCCCUUUUGCCUUAUGAUCCGGAAACGGUUCAAAUGUCAGAGGCUCAAAAGCAAGUGGAGGACAUCAUCGCUCGCCUUCGUACGGAUGAUUCCCUUACGGAGGAGGAGACCGAAGACACCAAAAUGAGGCGCAAUGAGGAGGCAAAUGCCUUUGCCGAUCGCGCCAUGCGCCAGAUCGAAUUGUGCGACAAUGGGAAGCUGAGCACUCUGGAAACUUUGACUCUGGCUGCUGAAAAACUGCUUAAAACUCAGAAAAAUAUGAGCUUCGCUGAAGAGGAACUUUACUUGGACUACAACGACUUUGUUCAGGAAGCGGAAAGGUCCGAACUGAUGCGGAACACCAUUCAGGCAUUAAACGAGGCGCGUCUGAAGCUUCUAAAGCAGUGGGAGCGCAGCAAGCGCAAGGCGCUAGAUCUGCUCACCAUAGAAAUCGAAAAGGUUCAGGAAAUGGAGCAGGACAUAGAAGAAGACCAGGAACAGGACCAGGAGCAGGAACAAGAUCAAGAGCAGGAGCAAGACCAGAGGUCCGCACACUUUGAGAUGUUCCGCGACGGUGCGGACGAGCACAAUACAUCCACUCCCAAAACAAAUGACGAGGAUCUUGGCAUCGAUGACGACGACGAAGAUUAUGUACCAGAAGCCGAAGAGUCGAGUAAUAAGAGGAAGCGAGCCAAAAAGCCAGUGACCUCCACUCCAAACACCAAGCGUCCGCGGCCUGGCUUCGAGUUCGACAAAGAUCUAGACUCUCCCAUGGUAAUGAUUGGUCCGAAUGGAACAAAAGUAUCGCGUGCCAGCCUCAGUGCCAUAAACUGGGACAUGACUGGACCCUCGAUUACCCGCAAGCUUCUGUGCGAGAUCUUCGACCGAGACACUUUGGCCCAUCAUACCCUCUCCGGGAAGCCGUCGCCCGCCUUCAGGGACUGCGCCCGUCCCAGCAAGCAGCAGUUGGACCCGCUCAAGGUGGCAGAUCUAGUUUAUCUGAUGACCAACCGCAUGGACAUGACCCCGCGAGAGGUCCGCACUGCCAUCACCACCAAGUGCGCCGACGAGAACAAGAUGCUGCGCUCCAGACUGCAGCGAAGCAAAAGCAAAUCCAAAUAGACUCCCGGGCAGUUCCUUCGGGCUCAGAUGUGGAUGUCCCAGGAUCGCUCAACUACGCGAAUUCCAUUUUUCUACUUAAAUAAGUAUCGGCUCAGCCACUCAGUUGCCAGUGCAGCGUAUUAACAAUUUCGCAAACUUACUAACAAAAAAAAUUCAAAAAUAAAUAUUUACUUACCAACAA